AUGGUAGCAAUACCUACAACUUCAAAUCAGUAUACGUUCACCUCUUACCUUAAUCAGCUUCCUGCUAACUUCAAGAAGCUAUUGCUCCAAAAUUUGAAGAAGGAUGUUGCUUCUGGAAAGCUUGUUAAGGUUAAAGCUUCAUUCAAGCUUUCAGCAGCGGCCAGAAAGCCUGCAGUUGCCAAGCCAAAGACAAAGCCAGCUGCCAAGGCAAAGACUGUGAAGGCCAAGACAGCCGCUAAGCCCAAAUCUGCUGCUAUCAAGCCCAAACUCAAGUCGAUGCGUUACGAAGAAAGCUCCAAGAAGACCAACAGGCCAAAACUGGCACAGAAAGAAAGCAUUUCUAAGAACCAAAUACCUUUUAAAGAAAAAGUUCCUGUUAUAAAGCGGAAUCAGUCUAUCGGUAAUGUUAAGACCGUAACUUCAGGAAAGGCAAAAACAGGAGAUAUCCUGGAUUCAGGGUCCAAUGCUACAAACCAAAAUCUGAGUGGUACGUCACCAUUUCAAGCUGCAAUGGUGCAACUGUCUUAG